CGACAUAAUAUUCUGUCAACAUCUUGAGUAAUAUUUAUCUAUAGGUAUAUUUUGUAAUUAUAGUUAUGGUAUUCACUUUUACCUUAGCAAUUUAAUUUCUUUCUUUGUAAGCUAAGGAACUAUUUAUUUUAUUUAAUGAUACAUAACUGUGAAUCAUAAGUAAAGCAAAUCCUACUAACUAUAAUAUUAAUUAAUACUCAUUAUUGAUGUGUAUAUAUAUUAAAAACAAAUAGAAUUGCACAGUAGUCACAAAUCUUUAUUAACGAUGUCGGCUUCAAGAGGUACAGAUGCAACAAGGGUGUUCAGAGGUGCGCAAAUGGUGUUGGAGGAAAUAUUUAAGGCCAACGAACUUGUAUGCAAAAGGAAUAUGAAAAACUGUAGCAUUACAACUGCAUUUAAAGAUACUACAGUUCAAUUUGCCGACAGGCUUGGAGCAGCUAAAUUAAAACCAGAAAACAUCGCAAAAGAAGUUUCUGAAAGAUCAGCUAUGGUAUUUGAAGGUCUGCGAAAUGUCAUCAUUAUGACACUCCAGCAAAAUAAUCAGUCUGAAGAAACUAUACAACCUAAUCUAGUAGAUAUUGCACCUCUUGAUCAAAUUCCUAAUGAAGGUCAAGCAUUAAGCGGACCAUUUAAGGUUCCGAGUGAUGUAUUGAAAAAACAUUGUUUCUAUGGAUCUUGCACUAGAGAUUUGAUUAUUGAUCCACUUGAAUCUAAUAUUAUUGGACAAAAAUUGUUUUAUAGUAGUAAUGGAAACGAAUCAAAACAAAGUGCAACUGAUAAAAGUAAAAAUGAAAUUAAAGAAAAACGUAAACCAACUGUUAGCAAAAACACAAAACCAAAACAACAGUUAAGUGGUUCUGCAAAACAGAGAACUGUACCAUCUUCACAUAUUGGUCGAAUGUUGUCAUUUGGUGGACUUGCAGCUGGAAUAGGUAUUGGAGCUGUUACAGAAGUGACAAAACGUACACUAGGAAUGAGCAAAUCCACCUUAAAAGAGGAUGGUGGUUACAUGGAAAGUGCAUUUAUAUCUCCAGAAAAUGCUGAACGUAUUGCUAAUACAUUAUGCGAAGUUCGAGGUGCUGCUUUAAAAAUUGGUCAAAUUCUUAGCAUUCAAGAUAACAAUUUAUUAAGUCCACAGUUGCAGAAAGCAUUUGAAAGAGUGCGCCAAUCAGCAGAUUUUAUGCCAACUUGGCAAUUAGAAAAAGUAUUAGCUAAAGAAUUGGGUACUAAUUGGAAAGAACGUUUCAACACUUUUAACUUGAAGCCUUUUGCAGCUGCAUCUAUUGGUCAAGUACAUGAAGCUACCAUUAAAGAUGGAACUAGAGUUGCAGUCAAAGUUCAAUAUCCUGGUGUUGCUGAUAGUAUAAAGAGUGAUAUUGAUAAUUUGGUCGGUGUUAUGAAAGUGUGGAAUAUGUUUCCAGAAGGCAUGUUUAUAGAUAAUAUUGUUAAAGUGGCUAACAAAGAACUGUCUAAUGAAGUAGAUUACAUUAGAGAGGCAGAAUGUACAAGAAAAUUCAGAGAGUUAUUGGAACCUUAUAAUGAUUAUUAUGUACCAAAAGUCAUCGAUGAAGUUAGUACCAAACGGAUAUUUACAUCGGAAUUAAUUGAGGGAAUUCCAUUGGACAAAUGUGAUUACAUGGAUCAGGAAACCCGUAACAAUUUGUGUUUUUUAGUAUUACAACUGUGCCUUAAAGAGCUUUUUGAAUUUGCAUACAUGCAAACUGAUCCAAAUUGGGCCAAUUUUUUUUAUAAUGAAAGGACUAAACAGUUGAUUUUAUUGGAUUUCGGAGCAACUCGUUCUUUUGAUCAAAAGUUUUUAAGUGAUUAUUUAAGAAUCAUCAAGGCAGCAGCAGACAACAAUCGUGAACUAGUUCUGAAUUUUUCCAAAGAAAUGGGAUUUUUAACAGGAUAUGAAUCAAAGGCAAUGGAGGAAGCUCAUGUUGAUAUGGUAAUGAUUAUGGGAGAAGUGUUUCAGUAUGAUGGAGAGUAUGAUUUUGGCUCUCAGAAUUCUACUAAACGUAUCCAGUCACUAUUACCAAUAAUUCUACAUCAACGAUUAGCACCUCCACCUGAAGAAAUUUAUAGCAUUCACAGGAAAUUAUCUGGUAUAUUUUUACUUUGUUCCAAAUUAAAAGCCAAGUUUAUGUGCAGAAAAUUAUUCUUUGAUACUUACGAACAGUUCAAACACAAAUAUUAAUAAUUUCAAUGGUAGUAAUUUAUAUAUAUAACAUUUUUAGAUGUUAUUCAUUUACAAAUAAAAUGUGCAAUUGAGGAA